UUAUGGUUCGACCUUCACGUAGUGAAGUGUUUCUCCUCAUAGCCGGGAAUUCACAUGUGUUGUUUGUAAUCAUAUCGUUAAAUCAUCCGUAUGCGGCUAUCUAGGUAACAUGGGAAAUUGUUUUAAGCCUGCUAAUAAUAGUGAAAAUAAUGGCAAAGGAACUAACAGACGUGCAAAAAACACAGUGGAAAAUAGGCAAGAAACAGUACAUUAUGGCGUUGUUCACUUAGACGUAACUGCAACAAGGGAACUAUCGGGAAGUGAUGACCGAAAGUCCAAAUCAAUACCUGCCAAUGUUCAAACAAGUAGUGUACAAAGAGAAUGGCAGCUGAAUCGAUAUAAUUCUGCUGAUUACAAAACGCAAAAAGAAAUUGCUGAUAAAAAUAAACUAAACGAAUCUAUUGAAAAACAAAAAGCUAUUCAAAUCCAAAAACAGCAUUUCAAUCAGCAGAACAAGCAAAAAGAAAUUGCUGAUGCAAAAAAAUGGAAAGAAAUCGUUGGAGAUCAAAAUGCCCUGGGAAUCAAAAAACAGAAUUUUAAUCAGCCGAUUCGGCAAUUCAGAGGGAAUUUAUGUCAUCAAUUGAACAAUUUGACUUUGAAGCCGCCUGAAAAAAUAAUAAAGAAUCCAGAAAUGAUAGAUAAUUUGUUAUUUAUUACCAACAAAUCAUCAUAUUAUUCUCAUGUGACAUACCAGCUGGAAAAUUUGGAUCAGUUCUCUUCAGACUACCAGAGAGUCGAGAGACUGUUUAGAGCUACCAAUAAGCGAUGCUUUACAGUUCAAAAAAUUGAAACAAUUAACAAUCCAUAUUUAUUGCUGCAGUACAGUCUGAAAAAAUUACAGUAUUUGGCAAAAUAUGGCCGGAAUGUAGAACAUGAACUCUUUCACGGUACUAGAAAAUCCAACAUCGAAAGUAUUUGCAACAAUAAUUUCAACUGGAGAUUGAGAGGUACUGCAAAAGGACAUAAAUUUGGGCAAGGUAUUUCUCUCACCCCCAUAUCAAACUAUGCAACACACUAUGGAGACGAUGGAUAUAACAAGGUGAUGUUCCUUGUGAAAGUGCUUAUAGGGAACAAAUGUCUAGGAGCCCAACAUAUGAAUAUACCUCCGAAGCAUUACGACACAACAACAAACGAAAAAGAACAUGUUAUUGUCAAGUACGAAGAUAAUGAAUUUUAUCCUGCUUACUUGAUAUAUUACGGGGGUGUUGAUAUGAAUAAGAAUAAUCAAAGAGGUGGCAGACGUGGAUAUAACAGAAGGUAUUGAAAGUACUUUUCUGAGAUUUUAAAGUUACUUCAAAACAUAAUGUUACAAAUAUUACUAUGAAUAAAGCAAUAUUUUUUGACGUUUUUAUGGUAGGAUAAAAAUAUAAGAACAAUAAAGAUUUUUUCACUAACA